GAUAAACUUCUGUUAAGUUAUUAUUAUGCGUUUAGAUGGAACAAAAAUAUCACCAAAAUACAUGAGGAGUAUAAGAUAGCCAAGCAACAGGCGCCGUCAGCUACCCACCUCAACCACCCCACCUCCCCGGCGACAACACCCUCGGCCUUGAUUUGUGUUUCUCCUUCUAAUGCCGACUCCGGUUCAAUUGGAUUUCAGCCGACAACUCCGAUUCCAUUCAAGUCCAAUCUUCAAAGAUAUGUUUUUUCAUGGUACACGCAUUAAUGAGAAUUAUUGCAACUUUUGGGAUGGUUGGGGUGUUCGGAUGAAAGUUUACUGGAUGUUUUAUAAUUAUUUUUCCUUGCAGAAUAAUAUAACCUAACAGAAGUUAACCACCGUUAAAACGGAAGACGCGUGUGAGAUAUAUAGAGAAGAGACAUGAAAGGAGACUGCAUGUCAAACCUCCUCUCGGACUUUGCACAAAGACAAGAGAGGGAAGUGAGGUUUCUCGUUUCUCCUCUCUCUCUCUCCCGUCAGUCCUCAGUCCUCAGAGAGAUAUUAUACAGAGAGCUAGCUAGAUACGUACAGAUGGAUGUCAGUCUUCGAACAACUCAAACAUUACACGGAGGGGAGAGAGAAAGAGAGAGAGUAGUGAGAGCGCAAUUAAUUAAUUAAUUAGCUUAAGAGGAGGCUUCGAAAUGACAGAAAAAAUCAAUUCGGCACAAGCGUUACAUACAUCUCACGCGUCCCAAUUUCUUUCUUAAGCUUUGGUCAGAGUAUUUAAUGUAUAGCUUAAUUACGCGUUAAGCUUAUCCCGGAAAUCAUCGCUUUCUUUGGUCUUUAUACACUCUUUACUCUUUUACUUAUAACUGUUAUAUAUCUCAUUAGUAGUGUUUUCUUUACUCUCACCCUUGUUGGUGGCUUUCCGGCGAGGGUGUGGCGGAGAAGAAGAGAGGGGGAGGAGAUGUCGCCGGUAGUGAGGAGAGAGCAGGUUCUGCAGGGUGUGCAUUAUCCAGCACCACUUGCCACUCACGAGGAGGUUGUGAAGGACGCUGUUGUUUUUUGGGAUACUCUCCGGCGCUUCCAUUUCAAGAUCAACACCACCAAGUUUAUGGUUCCUGUGAUUGGAGGGAAGGAGCUAGAUUUGCACAUGUUAUAUGUAGAGGUAACAAGGAGGGGUGGCUUUGACAAGGUAGUUGCAGAGAAGAAAUGGAGGGAAGUGGGAGGUGUUUUCAUGUUCUCCCCAACAACAACAAGCGCUUCAUUUGUGUUGAGGAAACACUACUCAACCCUUCUUUACCAUUACGAACAGGUUCACUUUUUUAGGACACAGGGUCCUUUAUCUACUCCCACGCCCACACCCUCACCCUCACCCUCAGAGAAACCAGAACCGGCGCCGGUUGAAUAUUCCCCCACAGGCACAGGCAAAGGUGCCAAAGGGACCAAACCCAUAAAUGAUUGUCCGGUUUCGGUCACUGACGAAGGUACUGGAACAAUUGAUGGGAAAUUCGAUUGCGGCUAUCUUGUAACGGUGAAGUUGGGUUCGGAGAUUCUCAGCGGAGUACUCUACCACCCCAACCAGCAGACUCUAGCCGGUCCUAAUCCAACUCCAUCCCCCGAACCUGUCAAUGCCAUUGUACCCUACACGCCCGCAACAUCUGGUCGUGUUGCGGGUUUGAGGAGGAGGAGAUCAAGGAGGAGGACAGACCCCAACUACCCAAAACCCAACCGGAGCGGCUACAAUUUCUUCUUUGCAGAAACGCAUUUCAAGCUCAAGUCCCAUUACCCAAACAGAGAGAGGGAGUUUACCAAGAUGAUUGGCGAGUCUUGGAACAAACUCCCUGCAGAAGAGAGGCUGGUUUACCAGAAUAUUGGGUUGCAAGACAAAGCAAGAUACAAGAGAGAGUUGAAAGAGUACAAGGAAAGUUUGCAGCUCAAGAUUCAGACAGGCCAUGGAAACUAAGUCGAUUCCAGCUCGAGUGAGCUUUUCGGAUGUGCGUAGAGAGAUUUAUGUAGUAGUUUAUGGUUUUCAAACAGAGUUUAUGCAACCAUUUUGCUCUGAGACAUGAUCAAAAUCACAAUCUUCAGUUUCAAACUUUCAAUGCAAGAUGCACUUAGGAACUC